AUGACCGAGGCAGCACAUCCUUAUAUUGCGGCAUUCGUCGGGACGGAGCAGUGGCUAGGGUAUGAGUCGCUGUUUGCGUCUGUGGAUAUUCUGCAUUGUGCGUUGCUGCUAAUUUUGCUUGUCGGGUUUCUCCUCGCUUCCUUCACGGAAGAUGCCUCCAGCGACUCUCUGCGCGUUUCGUGGAUCGCCACACAGCUGCUGCCGCGCCCGCGCUCCCGACCGGACUUGGGCGAAGUGGGCCUCACCGACGUGCAGCAGAUGUUGAACAAACUGGCGGAGCAGAAGGCGGCGCAGCGGCUCAAGACGAUCGCACAGCCGCUGAUGGAGGCGGUAGAAGAGGGGCGGCUGUUUGAAUUGGUGUCGGACUCCGUACGCAGGUUUCGUGACAACGUCGCCUUCUACGCACGCGUGCUGUACGUACGCCGCUUCGCCGAAGGCACGCGCCACCUCUUUUAUAUGGCUCAGAAGAUUAAACUUGGCAUCGAAGUGCGACCGGGGGAAUCCGAGGUAUCGACGUACGUAGAGGCAAAACAAGCGCUGCAAGAAGACAAUAGAUGGCCCUUCAUGGUGGAAAUAUCGGACGUCAAAAGCGACCAAGUAACCUGUGCAGGAAACAAAAAGGCGUAUCCCAUGAGCUCCUAUAGCUACCUCGACUUCAUCAGAGAGCCUGAAGUGCAGGAGGCUGCAAUAGCUGCAGCUCGUCAGUGGUCGACGGGGUCUCACGGUGCACGGAUGCUGGGAGGCAAUUCAACGAUUCUAAGGGACUUAGAGCGAGCAGUUGCGCGUUACUACGGGCGAGACGACGCGUUGUUGUGUGCAACAGGUUUCUUAGCAACGAUGAGUGCCGUGGCGGCGGUAUCCAAGAAAGGCGAUUUAAUUGUAGCAGAUAGCAGGUCGCAUGCAUCGCUACGCACGGGUAUGUGCAUCAGCGGUGCGCGGUAUCUCUUCUUUAAGCACAACAACUACGCCCACCUCAAGCGGCUGCUGCAGAAGGAAAGAAGCAAGGCCAGGAACUGCUGGAUCGUCAUUGAGAGCGUGUAUUCUAUGGAAGGCGACAUAGCAGAUCUGCCUGUUGUACGCUCUCUCGCCGAUGCAUUCAAUGCAAAAAUUAUCUGCGAUGAGGCGCACGGCUUGGGAAUCCUGGGGGCGACAGGGAGAGGCCUCGAGGAGUAUUUUAACAUGCCGGGGUCUUGCGAGGUGUUGUGUGGCACUUUUUCAAAAUCUAUUGGAGGGGUAGGCGGUUUCAUCACCUGCAAGAAACCCCUCGUUGACUUCAUGGAUUUCCACGCGCCUGGCUCGGUCUUCUCCGCUUCUCUGACGGCAUACUCGGCAGGGGGUGCUCUUAAGGCAUUUGAACUGAUGACGGGCUCACAGCAGUGGCGCAUACAAAAGGCGCAGGAGAACGCGCGGUAUUUGCGGCGAUUGAUUGAGACUGGAGACGGUCAUUGGCCUGAAGACUACCCCGAGGAGCUCAAGUACGAAGUAGAAGGCAUGGCAUGCACGACUGUCAUUCCUGUUGUAUUUCCGAACAGCCCCCAACGCAUGUUCCGCAUCACCACCUGUCUGCUAGACAAGGGGUUCUACUGCGCCGCCGCUGCCUUCCCUGCAUGCCCCCUCAUGCGCCCCAGAAUCCGCAUCACUGCGACUGCGGCAUACACCAAAGAACUGAUGCAUGCAUUCGUCAGGGCACUCGUUCAAACCACCGUCGAGAUGCUCCCCGAUGAUCAACACAGCAAGAAGACGCAACGUAUCCACGCAAAGGCGGAGUGA